UAAUCUGUAAUCCCAUCACGUUACAGUUUUCUUUCUAUAUGAACAGCGCCAUCUUCCCAAAAUUCUCACUCGUUCAAAAACCAACCUAACCAAGAAAACGAAUCAUACAAAUUCGCUCAAAAAUGUCUCUCCCGCAUCUCAGAAACGUCCUGCGCCCACCCACCCUCCACCGCCUCUUGCACACCUCCACAGUGUGCCCCAAAUCGCAAUCAGGCCGCUAUCGCAUCACCCCCAGGAAGGACCUAGCCCUCACUUACGAAAUGGCCAAUCCGCCCCACCAAAUCGCCCAUCGCAAGACCUGGAACUCGUGGAACACUUCCAACUUGGAGGGCGGCCUAAGGGCCUCCGAGACCGCAAUUGAGGACGUUUUCAUCCGCAAGUUUAUGACCGGGACUUGGCAUGCGUUGUUUUUGAGCGAAAUUAUCAUCAAAAGACAACAUAAUAUCAUAAGGAUCGCUGGGAUUGUUAGGAGGAGUGUUAGUGCGAGGAAAAUGUACUUUUUGAUCGGGUAUACAGAAGAAUUGUUGAGUUUUUGGUUACAGAGUCCUGUAAAAGUCGAGUUACAGACAGUGGGCGAUAAGCGCGACGUUGUCUUUAAAUACAUUUAGGAAUUUGAUUAAUUUUUUUUGAAUAAAAUUGUACAUUAGAGGA